CACGAGGCUGCAGGUGCUGGGGACUGGCCCUGGUGCUGUGCCACCUCCUGACACCCCUCUCUGUGUCCUGCAGCCCUUCAUCGACAGCAACCAUAGCAUCCACCAGUACUUCUUGCCGAGGGAGUACGCGGUUCUCAUCCCCGUGGUGGCCGGGCUGCUGCUGCUGCUGUUUAUAGGUGUGUUCAUAACGGUUGUGAUGUGGAAGAACAGGAAACCUGUCAAGAAAUUGGACUGA